AUGCCCGGCUCCCUGGCGGGGCGUGUGCCAAGUCUGGGCGAGGCACGCCUGGGAACCGGCCCCUCGGGGCGCGUUGGCCGCUCUCCGAAUAAACACAGCUUCCUGAGAGCCUCGGCCGAGCGCUGUGACUCCGUGCACGACUCCCAGCACCAGCAGCAGCAGCACAUGGCACAUCCGGCGUGCGGCAGGGAGGGCCUGCCCCCCGCGAACGGGACCCACGGCCUGCCUGCCUCGUUCACCUUGGUGGGCCUGCCCGACAUGGAAGCGGCCCACUUCUGGCUGGCCUUCCCGCUGUGCGCCAUGUACCUGGUGGCCCUGGUGGGCAACGCGACCAUCGCGCUCGUCGUCAGGGCCGAGCCGGCCCUGCACGCGCCCAUGAACCUCCUCCUCUGCAUGCUGGCGGCGGUGGACCUGGCCCUCUCCACCUGCACCAUGCCCAAGAUGCUCGCCCUGCUCUGGUUCGACGCCCGGGAGAUCGGCUACGGCGCCUGCCUGAGCCAGAUGUUCUUCAUCCACUCCCUGUCGGGCAUCCAGUCCACCGUCCUCCUGGCCAUGGCCGUGGACCGGUAUGUGGCCAUCUGCCACCCGCUGCAGCACUCCGCCGUCCUCACCCGCCCGGUGAUGGCGAAGGUGGGCCUGCUGGCCGUGGCGAGAGGGGUGGGCUUCUUCCUCCCGCUGCCCCUGCUCAUCCACCGCCUCGCCUUCUGCAGCCCCGCCAACCUCACGCACUCCUACUGCCUCCACCAGGACGUGAUGCACCUGGGCUCGGGCAACGUGACGCCCAACGUGGUGUACGGGCUGACGGCCAUCCUGCUGGUGAUGGGCCUGGACUCCCUGCUCAUCUUCGUGUCCUACGCGAUGAUCAUCCGGAGCGUCCUGCGGCUGCCGUCGAGGGAGGAGCGGCUCCGGGCCGCCGGGACGUGCGUGGCCCACAUCUGCGUGGUGCUGGCCUUCUACGUGCCCCUGAUUGGCCUCUCCGUGGUGCACAGGUUUGGGAGGAACCUGCCGCGGCUGGUCCAGGUCACCAUGAGCAACGUCUACCUCCUGGUGCCCCCCGUGCUCAACCCCCUCGUCUAUGGGGCGAGGACCAAAGAAAUACGGAAGCGGGCACUGCGGAUGAUAAACAUGGGGAGGAAGGGAGACCCCCACUGAGCCCCCUGAACACUCGUCUUGGGAUCGUUCCUCUCACGCCCUGGCUGGCUCAGUGCUCCUGGCCACCUUUCCAGGGUCGCGAGGCUCGGCGGCCCCGACCACCAAGCAGCCGGUGGCACACGCCUUUUGUCUGGCAGGGAGGCGGUGGAGGACUCUCUCCUGGGUGCCAGAAAAGGGGCCCCUGGGAGAAGGACAACUCCCUCCCUCCUCUUUUUGAGACAUCUGUUUCUCAUAGGAUUGUUGAUAUUUUGGAACAUGCAUGGGUGAGGUUGUUCUGAAAUGAAACCUUCUGUUACUCUUCACGAAAUCAGAUUUAUGGAGGUGGUUCCAACUAGCUUUGCCGUGACGUUCUCAUGUCACAAAUAACCGGUCUUGUCGUUUA